AUGAACAAUCCAGAGUCGUAUGUGAAGUAUCAUAGACUACAGUACCGAGACAACGUGCGGUGUCUAGCGGAGAACAUUGGGCGCUUCAAGUGGAAGACCACAGGUAGUCAAGAUGUAGAGAAAAAAGUAUUUCACCCAUUGGAUGUAAAAACUGAAGAGAAAUCGACAGGUAGUAAACUGGACACGCCACAAAAUGGCAACAACCAGUUGGAUUUAGGCAGGCCAAUACGCGUUCUGGAUGUAGGCAGCGCCGACGGGCGAUUCACAUCCGUUGAACUAAGAAAAGUUCUACCACCAAACUGUGAAAUAACAGGUUGUGACAAGAGCAAAGUUAUGGUGGACCACGCGAACACCCACCACGCUGGGAACGGGGUGAAGUUCGAGCUGGUGGAGAUCGGGAAACCAAACCUCCCGGAUCACUUUAUCGGCGUGUUCGAUCACAUCUUUGCGUUCUUUUCCUACCACUGGAUACCGGACCAGAAAACAGCAUUCUCUCAAACCUACGACAUGCUGACUGACGGUGGGGAUUGUCUGCUGCUGAUGGCGGCCAACUCCCCAUGAUAUAUGACGUCUACCGAUGGUUUAGCAAAUCGAAAAGAUGGUCGGACUGGGUUAAGGAUGUGGACGACGUGAUAUCACCGU